AUGGAUUUUAGUCCCACCGGUAGUCAUGCUAGUGGAAUCCGUUGCACAGCCGACAUGAAUGGCCAGUGUCCAAAUGAGUUAAAGGCACCCGAAGGCUGUAAUAACACAUGCAAGACAUUCAAGACAUACGAAUAUUGUUGCAACUCUGGCAACUUUGGCCCUACAAACUAUUCUAAGUUUUUCAAGGACAGGUGGCCCAAUGCAUAUAGUUACCCUAAAGAUGAUCAGACUAGCAUGUUUACUUGUCCCCGGGGAACUAAUUGUCGAGUGGUCUUUUGUCCAGGAGCAACAACAUUUUUACCUUAA